CCCAACAAGUAAUCCCAAGAACAAUGUAUUUACCAUUUACUCUUUAAGCUUUAGGGAAGAGAUUUCUAUAAGAACUCACUCAACAAAUACUGAAAGAACCAUAGGCAUUCAAAUUUAAACACAAUUUCUUUUUUAAGAAACAAAAAUCUUCUUUAGCUUGACACCCAUCUAGCUCCCUCCUACCAUGGACAGAAGAUCAGAAUACUAUAGCGCAGCCUCUCGUUUAACUUAUGUGGCACACUUUUUUGGCCUUACGGCUUUAAUUCUCAUUCUUAUUUGGUUGCUGCAUUAUCGGGGGGGCCUGAAUUAUGAAUCUAACAAUCCAGACCUAGUAUUCAAUGUUCACCCAUUUCUUAUGUUCUUUAGUUUGAUUUUUCUUGGUGGUGAAGCAAUGAUGGCAUACAAAACAGUACGUGCAACUCAUCCAGUUAAGAAAUCAGUUCACAUGCUAGUUCACCUGCUUGCUAUAGUUCUUGCCAUUGUUGGGAUAUGCGCUGCUUUCAAGUACCAUGACAUGAUAUACAAGGAAGAUGUGUAUAGCUUGCAUUCAUGGAUUGGCAUAACAACUAUCUGCAUGUAUUGUUUGCAGUGGGUGUUUGGUUUCUUUACAUUCAUGUUUCCAAGAGCUUCAGUUCCAACAAGAAAUAAAUUUGUGCCAUGGCAUUUGUGUGGGGGAAGGGCACUCUUAUACAUGGCAAUAUGCGCAGCUCUCACAGGGCUGUUGGAGAAGUCUACUUUCCUGCAGCUCUCACCGCAUCAACAUGAAUCGCGUUUGCUCAACUUUACUGGACUGGCCAUUCUUUUAUUUGGCAUCUUUGUUGAUCUCUCGGUUGCUCUUGGUUAUUAUACUCUUUAAACCGCAUAUUAGCGUGAUUUCUAUGUUUUCUUUCUUUCAAUCAUCUCAAGUUAAUUUGAUUGCUGUCAUAAUACCUAUAUUAUUAUAAGUUUUGUAAUUAAGUUGUCCCACGAGGACCGGUGUGUGUUGAUUGUUUGAAUGGCUUGCCAUUUACCCCUAUUAAAUAUUUUUGGAUUCACAAAAAUUCUCAUGGCUUAAUGAUUCAACUCUGUUUCACUUGAA